CCUCUCUCUCUCUCUCCCCACCUUCUCACUUCUCAGAGGAGGACGCUUGAGUCAGGCGUGUCUUCUGGCUUUCAUUACUUCCAGUACUACUACUCUUCUCUCUCCCUAUCUGUAAUCCAUCAAACAUAGCGCAUCAAUGACUCUUGUCUCCAUUGUCUCCAUGCCCCCAUUUUGCAUUCACUCAUAGCCAUCCCACACCUGCAAUUUCCCUCUGCUCUCUGGAAACCUGUGUCUUGUUUAGUUGUUCUAGUUAGUUGGCUUUCACAUGAUAUUGUUUGCCUCCAUCAACCUUCCUUUUUUGCAGCUUUUGACUCUUACAUAGCAGACAAUAAAGCCCUUCUAAUAUCAUUCCCAACCCCUUCUUGUGUUCCUCAAAAUACUUGGAACUGUUUUUUUUACACUCUACCUCAGUCCUCUUGUCUCUUUCUCUGUUUCCCCAGGGUAUAUUUAUUUGUCAUCCAGCCGAACCAUGGAUAAUCAUCACAAGUAUUGUUAUCGAAAAGAGAGAGAAAACUCCAGCCCUUCAUUCUCUUCCACCCUUCUUGACGCAAUUUACCGUUCAAUUGACGAAACUGAGCACCCUCAGGAAGGGCAAGACGAGUUGGUCCUGUAUAAGGAAACCAUGAGGAAGAAGCAUAGCAGCAACCUGAGCAACUUCAGAGCUGAUCAUGCUGGCUUUAAAGAUGAGAUAGACAUGGCUAAUUUUCAAAGGGCUUGCUUGAUUGAGAAGUGGAUGGAGAAAAAGGUUGUUGUGCGAAGGAAAUCUGCAGCCGAUUUUGAAAGAAAGUCGAGAAAUGAGGAUGCUGCUGCUUUUUUCAACUCCAGCUCCAGCUCCUCGGAUUCCAGUUCUGGUGGAGGCUUUUCAUCUUCAGAAGCUGAAUCUGUCUACGGGGCUUCAGCAAGAUCAUCAUCUUGCUACGGAUAUGGCUUGCACAAGCCCAAGCCAAUAAGGACAAGCGUUUCAGCUCAUCAGCCUGAAAAACUCAACAAGCGUAACAAAGAUUUCAACUGCAACAUGUAUGAAGAUGGAGGUCAUAAUCACCAGCCCAAACCUAAGCAAGAAGGUGGGGCCUUUGUUAAAACAAAAUCCAGGGCUUUAAAGAUCUAUGGUGAUUUGAAAAAAGUGAAGCAGCCAAUCUCCCCUGGUGGUCGACUGGCCAGUUUCUUGAACUCUAUAUUCACUGCGGGUAAUGCUAAGAAAGCCAAGAUUUCGUCCUCCAACAAUAUUGGAAUUGGAGUAUAUGAUGACGCAACUUCCGAAAGAAAGGUGAAGUCUGCCAAUGCAUCGACAUGUUCGUCAGCUUCUUCAUUUUCAAGGUCAUGCUUAAGCAAGACUCCAUCUUGUAGAGGAAAAUCCAGCAAUGGUAUGAAAAGAUCUGUCAGGUUCUGUCCGGUUAGUGUCAUCGUGGACGAGGAUUGUCAACCAUGUGGGCAGAAAUCUUUGUACGACGAUAAGCCGAGCAUGGAUUUGGACGCAGUUAAGAAUAGUAUUAGGAGUUCGAUAGCAGAGGAGCUGAAGUUUCACGUUAUGGAAAAGAAUCGUAAAGUGGAGGAAGCUGCUAGAGAUUUAUUAAGGAAUUUCCAGAAGAAGGUCGAGCGUGAGCAGUUUGACAGGAGAAAUGCAGGGAUUGAAUCCCAAGUGUUUGAUGAUCAUGUCGUCGAUGAUGAAGACGAAGAAGAAGAUGAUGAUCUUGAUGAUGAUGCUGCAAGUUAUGCAAGUUCUGAUCUUUUUGAGCUUGAUAACCUUUCUGCUAUCGGGAUGGAGAGGUAUCGCGAAGAAUUGCCUGUCUACGAAACUACUAAUCUGGGCACCAACAGAGCCAUUGCCAGUGGCUUGAUUUUGUAAAUCAGCAAAAAUUUCAUAAGGAGAAAAAAAAAGAAAAGAAAAGAAAAGAGAAGGUAGUAGAAGUAGUAGUAGCAGCAGCGAGUCUAGUAGUACUUACUAUGUUUAUUUAUUGGUUUGGGGGUUUACAUCAAAGAGAAAUGAAAUUUAUUUCUCUUUCUAAUAUAAGUUGCUCUUUGUCUUGCUCCUUUACUCCCCUAAAUUUUUUUUUUUUUU